AUGGCGGACGGAGGAGAAAAACCGAGCAGUGUAAAUUCGGAAUUACUUGACUCGAAGAUCUCAAGUACUUUAUAUGAGGUAAUCAAAAAAACAGCAUUUAUCGAUUUUUCCAGGUUAAGACGUGCUAAUUUCACUUUGUUUCUCCAGAUAAGAGAAUUAGAAGUUGUCAACCACGAGCUCGGAUGCCUACAUGCAAAAAGUGUAAGACUACUUAAAAUAGUAUAGCAUCAUCGGCUUACCCUAGGGGUAGGACCCUGGGUCACACAGGGAGAUGGUAAAAUGGGUAGAGCAAAGUCAAGAAUCUUCCUCAGGGGUUGGGGAAGCAACAAGAAUCACUUUGGUCACGUGCUUCUCGAAGAAUGUUCCCCUAAUGUCUACACCUUGGACAUACCAUUUUUUUACACCCUCCUGCCUCCCUCCCUCCCUCCUGAAGAUGGCUGGAAUUCGGGGGGCGCCCUUUGAAGAAUGAAAUCCGAAGGGUGAAUCUUCUGUCAGGGUAAAGGUAAAAACCUGGGUAAAGGUGAGCGGCUGAGGGCUCAAAAUCCUGACCCUGUUUAGGACAAAAAACAAAAUGAAAACCGUCUUGUUUGAAGUCAUUUAUUGGCUCCAAUUGCAAUUAAUUUAAUUUAAUUUAAUUUAAUUUAAUUUAUUCCAUUUUUACCGCAAAAAAGAAAACAGCUAAAUUACAUAAGAGAACAAUUAACUACAUACUAGAAAAAAAAUUAUUGCAGUGGGGAAGGACUAGAAGGGAACAUACCGGCAUGAACUAUUCGAGCUAGUCACGUUAUAGUCAUUGCUUUUGAAGAUUUGGAGCACAAAUAAGUUUCACCAAACAAUUCAACUCAAUCAUGCGGACAAUAACCUGGUUCCAAUUAGGACAGACUCGCAUGAAAUUAGAUACCCUGCUUAGAACAGAGACAUCCCUGUAAAGGCCAUAUAAGGCAGUAUCCCCCGGGCUCCUGUUGUAGCCUGUGGUUGUUAUAGUUGGCUUGAAUUCUUGCAUACCACUGUUGACAUAAAUUAUUAGAUAAGCACUGUUACAAUUUAAUUUCCAUAAAUGAUCGAUUAAGUGCUGCGGCACUUAUUUCAUUUUCCCUGUUAUAGGUGCGGCGCUUAUAUGAGAGUGCCGCAUAUUUGAGAGUGGCACAUAUUUCAACUAUGGGUAAAACACUGUGGGAAAUAUAGAGAGAAUUAAGUGAGGCGCGUACUAGGUAUGCACAAUUUAGUUUAAAAUAUGUACACCUUGAACUGUUAUAAAUAUGAACCCGGUUUCAAGAGUUUCCCUACAUUAAAACUUUAGAACUCAUGAGUUGGUCGAGGUCUAAUUUCGCAAGGGUAUCUGUUUAUAUCAAGUGCCGUAACAAAGGUGGGGCGUUAAUUAGUAAAUACCCAAAUUAGUGCUGUAGCACUAACUUGUUGAAGGGAAGUGUAUGGUAAGUUGGUUGCCCGGGGUAGCUCAGCUCAGGUGGCUGACCCAGUUACCCAGGACAAGUUUUCUCCAUAUAGAUAAGGCCUAGGGUUGAUAGGAAGAGACUGAUAGAACCUGUAAUAAUGUACCUUAUGAUGCUUUAUAAAUAGCCCACCAACCACUAUUUAUGUUGAUUUAGUUACAUAUAUUGAGCAGUACAAUAAUCAUACUUGUUUAGUUAUUAUUUUAUCUGCAAUAUUAUAAUUAUAUUCUUUAUCAACAAAAGCAACAGGAACAGUACUUUUGCAAAGUCAAGGAAAUGGUCAUUAAAAAGUUAACUAAUAUGAACAAAAGUGCCUUGUUUUAUAUUGAGUUGUUUUCCAAAUGUUUCAGGCCUGGCUCUUCACCAGGGGUUGUUAUUGUCACUUAUUCACUGUGCUGGGCCUCUUUGUCUUGCAUAUUUUUCCUGUGGUUACAUCCCUGAUUUUACAAAGUUUUGAACAUAUCCCCCACCCCUUUCCUUUGAAUCCCCUGAUUGGCCCUGGGACCCAGCCCUGGGGCAAGCCGAUGAUCAGUGCACUAUAACAUGGUUUUCAGUGACCAAAGUAAGGUAUACUAAGCUUAACUGAAUGAAAUGCACUGAUGUAACUAUGUAUUUGCUUUUAAGGCUAAUAACCUUGUCUAUCCAUUUUUUUUCUCUUCGUUCAGAAAGUGUAUACAAGACAAGGAGCGGGGAACUUGUUCUUUCUUUCUAAUCGUUCUCAUGUUGUUGGCCAAUUUAGAAGUAAGUUGCAAGCAAGAUGGGUAAGUUUUAUGCACAGCUCUGUACAUUUAUUAUGCAUACAUAUUUCGACUUUAUUCAUGUCAACUAUUUGUUUGAAAUGGUUUCAGAUUACUUCAUGCUUAAUAAAGACAAUAAAUGUAUAGAGAUGUGCGAAAAUCUUACCUUUGAUAUUAUGUGUAUCUUUACCAAUAUUUCUUUUUUAUUUUUUUGAAAAUUCUUUUCCUGUUUUCCAGGGAAACUUGAUGAUGUGAAGAAAGAACUUAAACAAUUGAACAAACAAAAGGAAGAGGCUUUAAAGUCAUAG